AGCAUUUCUCCUUAUCCCUGCAGCUUUCUCAAGUAGUUGUUUCUCUUCUUUUUCUUAUCUACCAGAUGAUGAACAGGAGAGGAAGAAUAGCCCAGGAACACCUGGGGCAUCCGCUGCAGAAAGACAUAAACAAGGGGGGAAAGACAACUAAAAAUGCAACUGGGCAGGAAUGGAUCUCACAUGAAAGAACUCACGGAGAGGAGAAACAAAAAAAUGCAUGUCAUCUCAGUAGACAUCAAAUAACUCAUACAGAGGAGAAACUGUAUCCAUAUAUGGAAUGUGGAAAGAGUUUCACUGACAGCAGGGGUCUCAGUUCCCAUCAAAGAAAUCACACCAGGAAGAAACCAUAUAAAUGCAUAGAAUGUGAAAAAAGCUUCAGUCUGAGCAGUUCCCUGAGUUCACAUCAAAGAACUCACACUGGCGAGAAACCGUAUAAAUGCAUGGAACGUGGGAAGAGCUUCAGUCAGAGCAGUCACCUGAGUUCACAUCAAAGAACUCACACUGGCGAGAAACCGUAUAAAUGCAUGGAACGUGGGAAGAGCUUCAGUCAGAGCAGUCACCUGAGUUCACAUCAAAGAACUCACACUGGCGAGAAACCGUAUAAAUGCAUGGAACGUGGGAAGAGCUUCAGUCAGAGCAGUCACCUGAGUUCACAUCAAAGAACUCACACUGGCGAGAAACCGUAUAAAUGCAUGGAACGUGGGAAGAGCUUCAGUCAGAGCAGUCACCUGAGUUCACAUCAAAGAACUCACACUGGCGAGAAACCGUAUAAAUGCAUGGAACGUGGGAAGAGCUUCAGUCAGAGCAGUCACCUGAGUUCACAUCAAAGAACUCACACUGGCGAGAAACCGUAUAAAUGCAUGGAACGUGGGAAGAGCUUCAGUCAGAGCAGUCACCUGAGUUCACAUCAAAGAACUCACACUGGCGAGAAACCGUAUAAAUGCAUGGAACGUGGGAAGAGCUUCAGUCAGAGCAGUCACCUGAGUUCACAUCAAAGAACUCACACUGGCGAGAAACCGUAUAAAUGCAUGGAACGUGGGAAGAGCUUCAGUCAGAGCAGUCACCUGAGUUCACAUCAAAGAACUCACACUGGCGAGAAACCGUAUAAAUGCAUGGAACGUGGGAAGAGCUUCAGUCAGAGCAGUCACCUGAGUUCACAUCAAAGAACUCACACUGGCGAGAAACCGUAUAAAUGCAUGGAACGUGGGAAGAGCUUCAGUCAGAGCAGUCACCUGAGUUCACAUCAAAGAACUCACACUGGCGAGAAACCGUAUAAAUGCAUGGAACGUGGGAAGAGCUUCAGUCAGAGCAGUCACCUGAGUUCACAUCAAAGAACUCACACUGGCGAGAAACCGUAUAAAUGCAUGGAACGUGGGAAGAGCUUCAGUCAGAGCAGUCACCUGAGUUCACAUCAAAGAACUCACACUGGCGAGAAACCGUAUAAAUGCAUGGAACGUGGGAAGAGCUUCAGUCAGAGCAGUCACCUGAGUUCACAUCAAAGAACUCACACUGGCGAGAAACCGUAUAAAUGCAUGGAACGUGGGAAGAGCUUCAGUCAGAGCAGUCACCUGAGUUCACAUCAAAGAACUCACACUGGCGAGAAACCGUAUAAAUGCAUGGAACGUGGGAAGAGCUUCAGUCAGAGCAGUCACCUGAGUUCACAUCAAAGAACUCACACUGGCGAGAAACCGUAUAAAUGCAUGGAACGUGGGAAGAGCUUCAGUCAGAGCAGUCACCUGAGUUCACAUCAAAGAACUCACACUGGCGAGAAACCGUAUAAAUGCAUGGAACGUGGGAAGAGCUUCAGUCAGAGCAGUCACCUGAGUUCACAUCAAAGAACUCACACUGGGGAGAAACCAUAUAAAUGCAUGGAAUGCGGAAAGAGCUUCAGUCAUACCAGUAGCCUUCAGUCCCAUCUAAAAAUUCACACUGGGGAGAAAGCAUAGAAAUACACAGAAUGUAAA